GCUGGUACGAGGAAAGGGAUUACUGAUAAAUUAAUAAUCUUUUAUUUUGAUUCUAAAUAAAUGAAGCCUCUUAAAAAUGAUAGGCUUUUGUCGAUCUAAUAAAUGUAAAAUCUUAUUGAAAAAAGAUUGUUCUUAGAAACCAGAAUUUCCAAAUUGUCAAUAUUGACAAGCAGAUCACAAUGUCGAAGCGCACAGCCGAAGAUGGUGGCAAUGGCAGCAGUCAACCUCCGAUCAAGAAAGUUCACUUUGAACCCCACUUAAUUGGUCCAGUUUCCACCCUUGAAGAGAUGGACAUAAAAGUCCUUCAAUUCCAGAACAAGAAGUUGGCUCAGAGAAUAGAGCAGCGUCACAGGUGUGAAGCUGAAUUGCGAGCCAGGAUAGAACAGCUAGAGAAACGACAGACCCAAGAUGAUGCAGUAUUGUGUGUUGUCAAUAGAUACUGGAAUCUACUCAAUGAGGACAUAAGGGUCUUGCUCCAACGCUUUGAUGCUGAGACUGCAGAUGAAUCAGAAAACAAAAAUGAAAAUGAAGCAACAACUUCAUUCUUAAUGCAACUCUCAACAUGGGACAAGGAGGAAUUGGACGCUCAACUGGCAAACAGAGUUCAAGUCAGCAAGCGAGCUGUGGCUAAAGUUUUACAAGCAUUUGACAGGCUACAGCAGAGAAAUGAUAAAAUAUGGAAAGCUAUUAAAGGCGAAGGGGAAGAGGGUACACCAGCUCCAUCGCUGGAUGAAGUAAUCCGAGCAACCAAUGAGGAGGUGACUGCCGAAAAUUGUCGCUUGCAAGCACUCUGUACUACCCUGCAUGAGAGCCAUCAUGCCAUGACAUUGAGGGUGGCUCAACUUCAAGAUGCUGUCAAUAGCAGAGAUACAGAAAAUGCUGAGCUUAAAAAUCAGAUUGACGAUCUACAGUAUGAGUUGUUAAAGGUGCGAUCAAGAAACGAUAAGCUGGAGAAUCACUUGGCUGAAGCGAUUGAGAAGCUCAAGAGCUACCAUCAAUCUGGAACAGCUGGAGGCAGCACCGCUGGACCGGCCUGCGCAGCACCUCACCCUGUUGUUAACGCUAAGCUUGAGGAUGUUGCUGCAGAGCUUGAGGAACAAAGGGAGCUGGCUAAUAACCGACUUGCUGAGCUUGAUCGCCUCCACCGGCAGCAUCGAGACACGCUCAAAGAGUUGGAGAAGCUUAAAAUGGAUAUUCGCCAACUACCGGAGUCGGUGAUCGUAGAGACAACGGAGUACAAGUGUCUGCAGAGCCAGUUCUCGGUGCUCUACAACGAGUCUAUGCAGAUGAAGACAGCGCUCGAUGAAACACGGAUUCAACUGCAGAGCGCCAAGAACCUGCACAUGCGACAAAUUGAGAUGAUGGAGAGCGAAGAAUUGGCACGGCAAAAGGCGCUGAGGGCGGAAAUGAUCCAACUUGAAGAUGUCCUGGGCCAGCUGAGGAAGGAGUAUGAAAUGUUACGGAUCGAAUUCGAACAGAACCUCGCGGCCAAUGAGCAGACGGGUCCAAUCAACAGGGAAAUGAGACACCUCAUCACAUCACUGCAGAAUCACAAUCAACAGCUGAAAGGCGAAGUGCAUCGGUACAAGCGAAAGUAUAAGGACACCAGUCAGGAAUUAAACAAGAUCCGCAAAGAGAUGGACGAGGCAAAUACACGGGGCGGUGCCAGUACAGAGCAACCCGACGAGAAACCACUUGUUGUUAAGAAAGAGGAACCUGAUCCUGAGGGAGAGGAAGGUUGUAGUGCGGGGCUUGAGAACAAGAGUGUUGGGAACAAGGAGCACAAUCGGGUCAAGUUGCAAGAGCAAGACCAAAUCAUUAAGGAUCUCAAACAGCAGCUCAAGAAGGCGGUGAAUGAGCAGAAAGAACUAAAGCUUCUGCUGGACAUGUACAAAGGUGUGAGCAAAGAGCAGAGGGACAAAGUUCAGCUGAUGGCGGCCGAGCGCAAGGCGCGACAGGAACUUGAGGACCAUCGCCAGAAAGCCAAAAUGGCGCAGGAAAGUAAACGCGAAAGACGAGUCGCCGACGAGGACGCGUUACGGAAGAUCAAACAGUUGGAAGAGCAGAAGUAUGAGCUCCAGAAGCAGUUGUCGUGCGCUCGUCCCAACGCGGAUCCCCUGCAUACAUUCGCGAGGCCCUUCGCUGGCUCACAAGUAACUUGUAUUUCGUUUGGUUACAAUCGCGAGGUAAACGAGAAGGAAGAAGAGGCCCUCCUCAAUGAAAUGGAAGUAACAGGGCAGGCGUUUGAAGACAUGCAGGAGCAAAAUUCGAGGCUAAUACAACAGUUGAGGGAAAAGGACGACGCUAAUUUCAAACUUAUGUCCGAAAGGAUAAAGGCCAAUUCCCUGCACAAACUCUUAAGGGAAGAGAAGCAACUUUUACAAGAGCAGGUGGUGACGCGAGAUCAGCAAAUCGAGUCAAUGGGUCUCGUAGCACGACGGUUGGAGGAAAAGGAGCGGUUGCUGCAAAACACGCUGUCAGCCGUGGAAAAGGAACUGUUGCUACGCCAACAGGCAAUGGAAAUGCACAAACGGAAAGCCAUCGAAUCUGCGCAGUCCGCAGCCGAUCUGAAACUGCAUCUUGAAAAGUAUCAUGCACAAAUGAAAGAAGCGCAACAGGUUGUCGCGGAGAAAACAAGCGCUCUCGAAGCAGAAGCAUAUAAAACUAAGCGGUUACAUGAGGAACUGGCAGUAUUACGGCGCAAGGCGGAGCGGAUGAAGAAAAUGGAACAAGCCGGCAGCAGUAUGGACGAGGUCUUGCUGGAAGAGAUCCGCGAGUACAAGGAGACUCUCACCUGCCCAUCAUGCAAGGUGAAACGCAAAGACGCUGUACUCACGAAGUGUUUUCACGUGUUCUGCUGGGACUGCCUGCGCACGCGGUACGAGACACGUCAACGGAAGUGUCCAAAAUGCAACGCGGCAUUCGGAGCCAACGACUACCACCGCCUCUACCUAUCAACUUAGGUACAAAGCUUGUGUAUUGCACAUAGCGACUAAUUUACAGACCUGCCUAGCUGCAGAACUGUCCAGAGUACCAGCGGACGCACGCGGAAUGUAUGGCAUUCGUAACCUGUUUAGUUCUUGAUCUUCAACUCUUUAACUAGGCUGGAUCCAUGGUUUUUGCGUCACAAUCCGCUGUAUUAUCCGGUAUAUUUAUUUGAGGUUAUAUGGGCUGGCAACUCAGUGUGAAGAAUACCGGAGGGAGAGUUAACCACAGACUAGUGUAUGCCCGACGGGCUUACACAGCCAGUUCACUGUUAGUUGCAUUCGCGUGAAUUUAUCAAGGUAUUUACGGCUUCGAAUAAGUUAUUUACACGACGCAAUAUUGUGUUUGUCGCUUAGUUGGGCCGAUAACACUGAAUCAAUUUCAUUUAAAAAAAAAAUCUAUGGCUGCCAAUACGUUGAAUUUCGCAGUUUUGCACACCUAUUUAUUCAUAUACAUAGAUAUCGAAAAUACCUCCCUAAUAACAUAAAUAAAAUGUUAUAUACCACGUUUUUCCGUACCAUGUUAAAAAUCACAAAAUGCAGUCACGAGUGUGUUAUGAUAUUAAUUUUAUAGAGAAUUGCACUGACGUCUAUGGUUUAACGAAACAUUUCAACAUCACGAGUAAAAUGGAUCUUAUUGGUCACUGUUUAAAGUUCGAAUUCGUUCAUGCAAAACAAAACAGCGAGCCUAGCUGAAACUUAAAGUAAAUUAACUAGGGUAAGGGACCCUGAAUUACUUUGGCACGUAUUUAUUGAUCUAAUUUAUUGAAAGAUUAUUCGUCUAAAAAGUGCGUUUCUAUAAUUCACCGUAUACGUUUUGAUUCAAUUUUAAUUCAGUAUCUAGUAUUUAAAUGUUAUUGAUAAUUUUGUUAUUAAAUCUGUGGUCACUUUUUUAAGAGAUUUUUAAAUAGUCAAUUCAUAAAUUGUGGAUUGAAGUUGGUAACAUUAAUUCUUUAUUAUAACAUAAAAACAAUUCAAUUGCGUUUGGUUUUAUUAAUUGUAACAAAAAUGUUUUAAUCCGUUAGAUUUGAAUUAAUUUUGUAUAAAUUUUCAGUCUCAUUUAAACACUUUCGGGAUUACCUAAAACAAAACUGUGUUUUUCAAGUGCAAAAAUCAUGACUACUUGGUACUGUGGUCAUACCAAAUAGACAUAAAAUUAUAUAUUUUGAGUUUGUUUUUAAUUUACAGGAAAAAAUCCGAACAUCUGUAACUGAUUCUACUAAUUUAUAAAAUUUGCUUUCUUAAAUUAUAUCUCAACGAAUUUUUCUUGGUACAAAGUUAUUUAAACAAUGCUUCAUAAUUAAAGUUCUCUUUCAAUUUGUUACUGUCGUGUGUUUUAAGUCGAAUUAACGAUCGUCAAAAUUUCAAAGUCGUUAUUCGAUAUUUGCAGACGAUAUUCCGACAUUAUCCUUUCAAAACCUGCUUUUUAUACUACACACUAGUAUAUUUAAGUAAAAAUGUACAUACACUUUGACAAUUGGGUAGUUGAGUAUUACAAACGUAUUCAGCUUUCUGAGCUAUUUAAAAACACUUUUGAAAUAACUAUUUAUAUGUUAUAAAUUUUA